UGGCUCCCUCAUCAGUUGAAAUUGAGUGAAACAAGCGAACACAACUUGGAAUCUUUUGAUUCGACUUUAUAUACAACAUCAAAACAAUCAAAAUAGAAUGUCAUUGCUGCCAGUUUUGUUUAACGAGCUGCUGGACGAUUACCGAAGCCCUGUUUACGACCUAACUGACCAGCAUUUUGGACUAGGUCUUAUGGAAGAGGACCUGAGACCGUGCAGAUUGCUACAGGCUCCACUAAGGUGCGGCUACAUCCGACCGUGGAGGAACCUGUCGGCUGGUGAUUCUGGCCUCUCGUCCAUCGUAUCAAACAAGGACGAGUUUAAAGUCACUUUGGACGUGCAGCAGUUCAAGCCAGACGAGCUUAAAGUCAAGGUUGAGAACGACAUGAUUGUCGUUGAUGGGAAGCACGAGGAACGAUCAGACAAGCACGGCUUUGUCUCGAGAGAGUUCACGAGGAAAUACAGGAUUCCGAAGGAUGUAGACCUUAACGCUCUCAAAUCUAAUCUUUCUUCGGACGGUGUUCUUUCCUUUCAAGCACCUAAACUGGUUACCAAAGAAAAUGCUGCUCGUGAGAUUCCCAUCAAUCACACCAAUGCCCCAGCUUUGAAGCAGAACAAAGAAAAACAACAGAAUGGUGAAAAAUAAGACUGAUCUUCCUUAUCUUGUAAAUUAACAUAAAUUGUUAAUUUUCUCUCCUUUGACAGAAUUACCAGAUUGAUUCCUUUUCGUAUAAUUGUUAUUAACUAAUAAAGUAAUUAUG